AUGCUAGCAACGCCCCUCUACCAAGCGCCCCCACAGUUUUCUCCGAAGCUGGAUUCUGAGGACGUGCAAUACCGACCAACGAAGGACCUGGAGGCCUUCAACAAACUGCUACCCCCUGCGAUUGAAUUCGUAGAGGGAUCUUCGUCUGGCGCCCUAGCCGUGCCAGAAGGCAAAUAUGAGCCCAUCAAUGCGCCCCCGGCCGUGAAUGGGGUCAAACCUACUAAACCUGAGCGCCAGGAUGUUCCUAAGGCCUCUACAUCUGCGCCAGUUACUUCUACACCAUCGUCUUCUCGCAAGAAGCGCGCCUCGGUCUCACUGUGGCUCCAUCCAAUAGAUAUGUCGUGGCCAGGGAACUGUUCUCUAGGCAAAGGGCUGCACAACUCAGGGAACUCUUGUUUCCUGAAUAGUGCUCUGCAGAUAUUGCUUCACACUGCGCCAUUGCUCCAAGUGACUCUCAACCACUUGAAGAACGAAUGCCGCGUCAAAGAGGACUUCUGUAUGACUUGCGCUUUCCGAUCUGUGGUCGUGAAGUCACACGGAGGCAAGAACGCUUUCAUGCCCUCGGAGAUCGGGAUCAACUUGAAACACAUAGCCAAGCACAUGAAAAAGGGGAGGCAAGAGGAUUCGCACGAGUUCUUGCGUUAUGCCAUUGAUGCGUUCCAGAAGACUUGCUUAGCUGGGUUUCCUACCAAACCAGACCACGAAACAGCGGAGACAACAUGGGUGCAUAAGAUCUUCGGCGGCAGGUUACGUUCAAGAGUAACAUGCGGGUCUUGCCAACACAAUAGCGACACCUUCGACAGCAUCCUGGAUUUGAGCUUGGACAUCCACAACACGAGCUCACUGAAAGAUGCCCUACGCAAAUUCGGUGCCAUUGACCAUCUGAAGGGUGCGGAUAAGUAUAAAUGCGAAAAAUGCAAAAAGCCUGUCAACGCCCAGAAACAAUUCACCAUCGAUGAAGCUCCUCGCGUUCUAACGGUGCACUUGAAGCGUUUUUCACCGCUGGGUCGAAAGAUUGUCAAUCAUGUCGCAUAUGAUGAACGGGUCUCUCUUCAACAGGUCAUGAGCGAGGGCAAAUACGGCCCAUCGUAUUCGCUUUACGGCGUCAUUUGUCAUGCGGGUGGUGGUCCCAACUCCGGCCACUACUACGCCUUCGUCAAAAGCAAGGAGGGACGCUGGUUUGAAAUGAACGACGAGUCGGUGUCCAUGGCGAGAGGGACGCCCCUGAACAUAAAGAAUGCAUAUAUGCUAUUCUACCUUCAGAACAAGGGCGAGGGACUCGAGGCUGCUGUCAAUUCUACAUCCAAUGGACAUCUGGUGACGAAGUCGGGUCUUGCAGCGUCGAUGAAGAAGAGACGGGUGGAUGAAAAUGAGGACGUGACUAUGGCGGACGAGGACACUGGCGUUAAGGUCGACAAACCGUUCAUUGGCCCCCUACUUCUUUCACCGAUGAAAGAUGUGUCUUCAUCACCUGUAAAGACGCCUUCGAAAACAAUGCCACCUUCCAGUCCCGACCCACAGGCUUCCAAAGUGAAGCAACGCAUUCGACUCGCAUCGAAAUCCAACAGCCUUAACAGCCUCGCCGCCUACGGCUCCGACGACAGCGAUUCUGGUGUCCACCCCACGACUGGAAACGAAUCACGCCCCGUUCCUCCCUCGUCACCGCUAUCUGAACGACCCUCCUCCCCCGUCCAAGCCCCAACACCCGUGUCCUCCAAAACCAUCUCAGCGAUCAGUUUUUAUGGGAGUUCAACUAACAGCAAAAAGCGGAAAUCCCCUGACACAGCGAGCGACUCCACCCCCUCCGACGUCAAGAAGUAUGCGACUACUAAAAUACCUCUCGAAUCUCCUUCCAACCGCACACCUUGGAAGAUGCCCAGAGGCUUGGACCCCUACAGUGGUAUGGUCAAGAACAAGUACAAAAGUAGACAUAGAGCUCCAUGA